GGGGCAGCGGGUGAAGAGUGCUGCUUAUAAGAAGGGGCUCUUCUUGGGCUCAACUCCUGCCGCGCUCCCGCCUUCUCUGCGCGCCAUGGAGAUAUGCAUUCAGUGCUGUGUGGUGGGGAGCAUCAUAACCUACCUAAUCUUGCAGAUCCUACGCUGGAUCCGAGCUGACAGCGACCUCACCGUGCAGUGGGCAGAAUGGUGGGGCAAGAGUCCCGAAAAGGAGCUGCCUAGGAAAGUUGUCUGGGUGACUGGUGCCUCCAGUGGAAUUGGAGAAGAAUUGGCCUACCAGCUGGCCAAGAUUGGCUCAUGGCUUGUGUUGUCAGCAAGAAGAGAAAAUGAAUUGGAAAGGGUGAAAAAGAAGUGCCUUGAGAUCAGCAGCCUAAGUGAUAAAGAUAUCCUGAUUUUGCCACUUGAUUUGACUGACAGGGGAUUCCAUGAAUCUGCCACAAAGACAGUCCUUCAGCAUUUUGGGAGGAUUGAUGUUUUGGUGAACAACGGUGGACGUUCUCAGCGUUCUCUUUUCGUAGAUACAAGUAUUAGUGUUUAUAACGCUAUAAUGGAACUCAACUAUCUGGGCACUGUCUCCUUAACUAAAUUUGUCCUGGACCACAUGAUCCAAAGGAAACAGGGAAAGAUUGUCACGAUGAGCAGCGUCAUGGGAGUCAUGGGAGCUCCCUUAGCAACUGGGUAUUGUGCCAGCAAACAUGCUUUGCAAGGUUUCUUUAACUCUCUUCGGCCUGAGCUUGUUGAUUAUCCUGAGAUAAGUAUAAUCAAUAUCUGUCCAGGGCCUGUCCAGUCACAGAUCAUCCAAAAUGUCUUUACUGAAGAAAUUUCAAAGGUUAAUGAAAAUGUUGGGGACCAAUCUCACAAAAUGACAACUGAACGCUGUGCUCGUUUAACCCUGGUUAGCAUGGCUAAUGAUGUGAAGGAAGCCUGGAUCAGUGACCAUCCCUACUUGGCAGUAUGUUACUUGUGGCAGUAUGCGCCCACUUGGGCAUGGUGGCUAUUGAACCGCAUGGGAAAGAAGCGGAUAGAGAACUUCAAGAGUGGAGUGGAUGCUGAUGUUUCUUAUUACAAAAAGUCUUCAUAAGGAAAAGGAGCAGCUGAACAUUCCUUCAAACAUGAACCAGCAUAAGGAAAAGCGAGGCACCUCUGCUUGAAAAGUUUAUGGUUUUCUUUUGCAAACACUUGGGCAAAAAAUGAUGCAAAAAUGUGCAACAAGACGGGUGUACCUAUAUAAAGCUUCUAGCUUUGCAGCAUGAGAUGGCUAAGAAAGUUCAUUCACUUGUUGGCUUUUCAACAUAUAUACCAAGAUGAUGAUUCAAAUCUGUCUUUCUCCCAACCCACCUCCUCAAAUACCGGCUGGAUUUAUAUAACACUAGCCUAUAACAAGGUUUGGUUGACCUACUGCAGGAAUGUGCAACUUUCAUUGGCUUCAGAUCCACACAAACUUUUCAUAGUAUGCCAGGAACUGUAUUCCUAAAGUGAAUUGGCCAGGAUCCAUUUUCAGGAGUUCCAUGGAUGCCUUAAGCCUCUGUAAUGCUUUUUUAGCCAAUUAAACCCCCCUCUUUCAAAAUCCAAAAACAGCAACAUUUUUGGCGCCAGUCAAGAGAAGGACUGGGGAUGGAGAAAUUAAUGGCAAAGGGACACAAACAAGAUCCAGCCACAUUCUGGGUCACCCACCAUGAUGAUUCUGCUCUCUUAGUAAAUAGCUUUUUAUAAUAAGUGAGCUCAGCCAUACUUUUAAAAAUACCCACUUUAGUAAAUUUCUCAAAAAUGUGCUCCACUUCAAUUUUUCAUAAGAUAGCUUCAUAACUUGGGAGAAUUAAAACUUCCAUCUGCUAUUUCCAACUCAACAAUGAAGUACUAAAAUGCCAGUGUUGAUUCUUGGAGUUACACUGUAUGCUUUACAGUUCUACCAACUGCAGAUGAACAGAAUGCUUUGUCACUGUGACAAGACCCUAAAUAACGGAUUUUAUAGUACCUCUCCUGCAAGCAGUAUAGCCUUAUGAUGGUAAAUCUGCUUGGUCAGGCCCCUGGCAACCCCAAACAUCAUGGCUGAUCUGUUAGAUAGUAUAUUUGUUUCCCAUUGUGACUUGGCUUUCUGCUUUUUUGUGUAUCCUCACAACUUCUUCUGUUGACCUCUAUUUUUUUCCUCAUUAGUAAAUAGGCAGGAUUUGUUUGUAAGUAGGAACAUGGUUACAAGUCUCUAUGUUUGUGGUUGUCCAAUGAUGCUGGAAAAUUCCAUCUUAUUAAACCAGGAUAUUUCUUUCCCCUAAUAUUCAAUUUGUAAUUCUUAAUUACAAAUUCUUCAAAAUUGGACAGACAUUAAAUAUUUUUCAAGUAUCCCUUUCAUAAUACAAAUGUUACAAUUUUGCAAAUGAAAAAAAAAUAAACUUAUGCUAUAACAAUAAUAGAUAUAGACUCCAUCUUAUAGUAAAAUACUUAUCUAUGGUUUAAGGUAUAUAAAUUUAUAACCCUGUGGAAGGUACUUGUCAAUACAGUAUUGGUAAUGAUUUGGGGGAUUUUAUAUAAAAAUGUAUUCAAUAUACAACAUUAAAAUGCAUAAUUAUCUUA